GAACGAGGCACUUGCUUGCUCGUCAUUUAGUUAAUAAGACUGCCGAUUGUCCUCUGCAGCGGUACUUGCGCUACCAAAUUACUCCAUUCGCCCUCACCUUUCCUCCGACUUUGAUCUCUACUCCGCGACCAUUUCACAGGCGAAGAAAAAACAGACAAGAUGGCCGUCGGAACCGUCCUUGUCACUGGCGGCACUGGCUACAUUGGGUCCUUCACGACCCUGGCACUCCUGGAGAACGGCUACGAUGUGGUGAUUGUCGACAAUCUCUACAACUCGUCCAAGGUGGCCAUCGACCGCAUCGAGCUCAUCUGCGGCAAGCGCCCCGUCUUCCACCAGGUCGACAUCACAGACGAGGCCGCCCUCGACGCGGUCUUCGCCCAACAUCCCGAGAUCGAUAGCGUCAUCCACUUCGCUGCCCUCAAGGCCGUCGGUGAAUCCGGCGAGAUCCCUCUCGAGUACUACCGCGUCAAUGUCGGCGGCAGCAUCUCGCUGCUGCGCUGCAUGGAGAGGCACAAUGUGACCAACAUUGUCUUCUCGUCGUCCGCCACCGUCUACGGCGAUGCGACUCGCGUGCCCAACAUGAUUCCCAUCCCCGAACACUGCCCGAUCGGCCCUACCAACACCUACGGCCGGACAAAGGUCAUGAUCGAGAACGUCAUCACCGACCAUAUCGAAGCGCAACGGCGCAACAGCCAGAAGGCCGGAAAGCCGUACGAGCAGUGGAACGGUGCUCUUCUGCGGUACUUCAACCCUUGCGGCGCGCACCCCAGCGGUAUUAUGGGCGAGGACCCGCAAGGCGUGCCUUACAACCUCCUCCCUCUGCUCGGGAAGGUGGCGACCGGCGAGCGCGAGAAGCUGCUCGUGUUCGGUGAUGACUACCCCUCGAGGGACGGCACUGCCAUUCGCGACUACAUCCACGUUCUCGACCUUGCGAGCGGUCACCUUGCUGCGCUCAACUACCUUCGCGAGCACAAGCCCGGCGUCAAGGCGUGGAACUUGGGGUCUGGCCGCGGCAGCACAGUCUUCGAGAUGAUCAAGGCCUUUAGCAAGGUCGUUGGCCGGGAUCUGCCUUACGAAGUCGUGGGGAGGAGACACGGAGACGUCUUGGACCUCACAGCACACCCCGCCCUCGCCAACAAGGAGCUGCAUUGGAAGACCCAGCUUACCUUGGAGGAUGCGUGCGCCGACCUUUGGCGCUGGGUGAGCAACAACCCGAAAGGGUACCGUCAAGACCCGCCAGCCGAGCUCCUUGAGGCCCUCGAGGCCAAGAAGGCUUAGAGCCAGUGUGCCGGUCCCGUUUUCUCGAAAGGGGAAUCGGAUUGCCCUGACUGGGUUCAGGCU